ACAAAAUUCAAUUCAGUUGCUUUAUUUAUUUAUUUAUUUAUUUAUUAAACCUUGUUAGAGAUGGGUUUGAAAGGAUUUGCUGAAGGCGGCAUCGCUUCUGUAAUUGCUGGUUGUUCCACGCACCCUCUUGAUCUGAUCAAGGUUCGAAUGCAGCUACAGGGAGAAGGCCAUGUCAAACAACUCCAUUCACUCCCCCCUGCCUUUGCCUACAAUUCCGUUGGUGCCGCAGCCACAUUAAUCUCUGCACCACCCAAGGUCGGACCCGUCUCCGUCGGGAUCAAGAUUUUCCAGACGGAGGGUGUCGCCGCCCUAUUCUCCGGUGUCUCCGCCACCGUCCUCCGCCAGACACUCUACUCCACCACCCGGAUGGGUCUCUACGAGAUCCUCAAGGAAAAAUGGUCUGAUUCCAGCUCCGGUUAUCUCCCUCUCGGCCGGAAAAUCGCCGCCGGUCUAUUCGCCGGAGGGAUUGGGGCAGCAGUAGGUAAUCCUACAGACCUUGCAAUGGUUAGGAUGCAAGCCGACGGUCGACUACCGGUUUCUCAACGCCGGAACUACAAGAGUGUGUUUGAUGCCAUCACGCAAAUGUCAAAGCAGGAGGGGAUUGCUUCUCUGUGGCGUGGUUCGUCUCUUACUGUGAACCGAGCUAUGAUCGUCACUGCAUCACAGCUUGCAUCGUACGAUCAAGUGAAGGAGAUGAUCUUACAGAAUGGUGUGAUGAAGGAUGGACUGGGGACCCACGUGAGCGCGAGUUUUGCUGCGGGGUUUGUGGCUGCGGUGGCCUCGAACCCAAUUGAUGUGAUCAAGACUCGGGUCAUGAACAUGAAAGUAGAGCCCGGAAUGAGACCACCUUAUAAUGUGAAAUAUUUGUGUCUAUCUAAAUAUUUUGUAGGUGAAAAUAAUGCCAAAAUGAGUAAAGAAAAAUAA